AUAAUUAAAAAAUUGAUAAUGAUAUCAAUUACUAAUAAAUGUGUACUGCUUAUUUUGGUGGUCUACCUAAUUAAAGAUCACCAGUGUCAAUUACCUGGUGUAGCCAGGGUCAAGGAUGUCUAUUUUGGUACAUUGAUUGGCAAACUGACUACCUAUUCCCAUGGGGUUAGCGGUGAAGUCUAUGCCGUCGACGAUAGUACAGUGUUUGUGAAAAAUUUCAAUUACGAUGGCCAGGGACCCCAGGCCUACUUUUGGGCCGGUACUACACCAGCACCCGAUGAUUCGGGUUUUAUAAUACCCGAUGAAAAAGGAUCUACCAAACCGUUGAGCUCCUAUACCAACCAAAACAUUGUCCUACGACUACCUGAAGGCAAAACAUUGCGUGACAUUAAUUGGCUGUCCGUAUGGUGUCGUGAAUUUAAGGUCAAUUUUGGCGACAUAUCUGUUAGUAGCCAUAAAAACCUGGAGAUACCGUCACCGGUUGAGAUACCGGCCCUAUCCCGGUUGGCUCAUGGCCUACAAUCGGGACCCAUAACCAUAGUUGAUGCCCAAACAUUUCUGAUACCUAACUUUCACUAUGACGGCCUGGGGCCGGCCGGCUAUUGGUGGGUCACCCGCGGACAACGUCAGGGACCGACAGGUUUGCGUUUGAAAGAUGAAAACGGAAGUCCGGCGCCAUUACGUCGAUAUACUGGGGAAACGGUAGUCAUAUCCUUACCGGACGACAAAACUAUCUACGAUUUUGAUUGGCUGGGCGUCUGGUGCGAGGAAUUUCAAGCCGAUUUCGGUCACAUCCGUAUACCGCAACACAUACGGGUGCCGCCAUCGCCCAAAAUGUUGGGCAUUAAACCAGAGACUAAACUUAACUGUGAAGUACUAUACGAUGAAUUGGGUUAUGAGUUACGUUGGGUUAUGGAUGGCGACGACAUAGUCAUGCAAUUGGUCGGCAAAGUUGAUCCCAACGAUUAUAUGGCAUUUGGUUUAAGUAAAGACGACUCCAAGUCGGAAAUGGUUGGCGCAGAUGCUGUAGUCACUUGGGUAGCACCGGGAGGUAAUGGACGGGCAGUCGACUAUUUUCUCGGCAGUAAAGAACAGUGCGUCGGCAAUAGAGGCAGUUGUCCUGAUAUCAAACAUACCGGUGCCAGCGAUAGUGUAACACUAUUACAUGCUGCUAUUGUCAAUGGUUUUAGCAUGGUCACAUUUAAACGGCCACAAUUGGGACUCGAUGAACAGUACGAUCAACAUGUAUACAGUGACGGACCCCAAGCAGUCAUGUGGGCUAUCGGUCCCCUAAAUGAGCGCCAGGAGACCAGUUAUCAUCGAUUGCAUAAUCAGGGUAAUAUUUUUGUGGACUUUUCGCGUACACCCAAAUGGAACUGUCCCCUACCGGAUGAAACAAUAAAACCGUCACUACGUCCACCCCAUACCCAUACCCAUACCCAGUCCCAGUCCCAGUCCCAGUCCCAGUCCCAGUCCCAGCCCAUACCCGAUCUGAGUGGCAGUACUGGUCGGCCAACUGCCCGGCCACAGGUUAGGCCAACCUCACAGCAAUUGCAACCUCAGCCACAACAAGUGCAACCACAGGCCAGACCAGUACAACCAUCACAACAACAACAACAUCAGCCAACUGUCCCUAAACCGCAGUCAUCGCCGGCCAACCCUAACCCGAACGCCUGGAAAGUACCGCCAAUUGUCUGUCCAUUGGAUACAACACUACGGGCACAGAUCGGAUCAACCGGUGGUACUAAAGGCUAUCAGGCUAUCACUGGGAAAGUCGGUUGGGGUAUUGCCUGGUAUAUCAAUGGCCUAUUGAUACCGGAGCUGACAUUGCAACGAGGCAAAACCUAUACGUUUAUCGUCGAGGGCGGCAAUGAACGCAAUAACAGCGCCCGUCGGCACCCGUUAUACCUGACCGACGAUCCGGACGGUGGGUUUGAAUUCAAAAAUGACGACCAAAGACAAAACGAACAGAUUUUCGGUGGCGUCGGUAUUACACCCGACGGUACUAUAUUGCCGACAUCGGAGGGCCGGCUAUGCGAAUGGAAACUACCGGUCCAGACAACACCGGGUGGUAGUAGUAGACGACCCGAUGAUUAUCGAAAUUUUUUCGACUUUCAACGAUCCCUGAGCCUGGAGUGUGCGGCCGGAAACUCGGGUGUCCUACGAUUUACACCCGACUCCCAGACACCUGAUCUCAUAUACUAUCACUGCUAUACACACCGUAAUCUCGGCUGGAAAAUACACGUUGUCGACAACUGUGACGGUCAUCUGUCGGGCCAGUCAUCCAUACCGAAAGUAUCGGUUGUCAAACCUGCGGAUCCAUUGGCCAAACAUUCAGCGGCCGAUGAAUCUAAUGGUGAUAAUAGACAUAUUGGUGUCAAUAGUAAUAAUGUCUACUUUCCUAAUAAUCAAAAGCCGUUUAAUAAUAAUAUAACUGCAAUACAACCGACCAGUAGUCCCAGUAUUGGUAGACCAGCUCCAGGUGCUGCUGACAACAACAACAACAACAAGCAUACUGUCCGACCAUUGAUAGCCUUACAGAGUCCUAAUCUCAAACAUACGCCAAUCCGUGUACAACCAUCUAUUAGGCCACCAUCGGUGCCACAGAUACCGCCGCCACAGUACGUACCGCUCAGUCUACCGGCACCGGCAGCCCAUUCACGACAACCAUAUUUAGGUGGUAGUAGUGGUUCGGCUGCACCCUAUUUGUUGUCAUAUCCACCACACAUACCGUCCCAACAAUUUGGUAAUAUUCCCAUAGGUCAAAUUAAACCAUUUGAUCAAAUAUUUCGACCACAACAACACCAACAACAACAACACUUUGUUAACUUACAGUCCUUAUUAUCGCAACAACAACAACGACCCCAACAACACCUACCUGUGCCACAACAACAACAACAGUUGCCAACCAAUGAAAUGAUGUCGGAUUCAGUCGACGACAACCUAAACGCCGGUUUCAUACCUAUGCUAAUCAAAACAGCCAAUCAAUCCGUUGUCAAACAAGUUGAACAAAAACUACAGUCACAGUCAGCAGCAGCAGCAGCUGCUGGUGCUUCAAGAUUACCUACCGGUGCUCAACAACAACAAUCUACUAGCAGUAGUAAUGGUAACCAAUUUUCCAAAGACACAUCCAUACCGUUUGCACCUACCUUUCAGACCCCCAAUCUUGACUACAGUGGUUUCAAUGUAUCCCGUUACGGUGAGAUAGCACCGUCAUCUAAACAGCUGAUGAACCCGCAGCUCAAACCCGUCCAACUAACCAAACCGUUGGUUCCCUCCUUAAUACCGAAACACCCGCAAAAUACUGGUGUUGGUGUUCAGUACGAAAAAAUCAGUCAACCCGUCAUCAGGUAUCGUAUUAAAGGACAGGGAGGAGAUCCGGAUCAAGGAUCGGCGGCUACUGUUAUGUUGAGUCCUAAUCUAUCCGAUGAUCAACAACAACAACACCAAAGUAGUCCUAAUAAUAGACAGUACAGUCAAUUGCUAUCAAACGGUAAUACAAUAAUAGCCGACAACAGGGGCUCACAAUUGGCUGAAUCUCAGACAAGUCCACAGGUUAUGGAUUUUAUUGAACAACAAUUUGCAAAAUUCAAUCAACGAACUAAACAAACAAAAAACGAUACAAAAGUUUACGGCCAAAGAACCAAACCGUUGGCCACAUCAACAACAUUAGGCCAACAAAAACCUAAACAACCCGUAGAUCAAUGGAUAACGACUACGACUGUCCACAACAUCGAUGCGGCCGUCGAUGAGUCACCACUAAAAUCGGAACAAUCGGUUAGUCCGUCAACGACUACCGGAGCCGUUGUCUUAACUAAGGAACAGUUGAAAAAUAAAACCGAAAACACUAUACUAAUGGACGUAAUGAGACUAAUACAGCAAAAAGCUCCGGCAUUGGCACCGACACUACAACACAGACACCAAUUGUUGGCCAAAAAACGAUCGUUUGAUACACAUAUUGUGGCCAAACGGGACAUACAUUAUCCGACUAAAAAUAAUGACCGAUAUUAUGACACUAAUAGCCAUCACUAUAGCCAUUAUACCUACCGAUCGGCGGCCGUCAGUGAUGUCCAUCACUUGAAAGUCGUCAAUACAUUCAUUUGUCAAGGCCAACAAAAACCUAAACAACCCGUAGAUCACUGGAUAACGACUACGACUGUCCACAACAUCGAUGCGGCCGUCGAUGAGUCGACACUAAAGUCGGAACAAUCGGUUAGUCCGUCAACGACGACGACUACCGGAGCCGUUAUCUUAACUAAGGAACAGUUGAAAAAUAAAACCGAAAACACUAUACUAAUGGACGUAAUGAGACUAAUACAGCAAAAAGCGCCGGCAUUGGCACCGACACUACAACACCGACACCAAUUGUUGGCCAAAAAACGAUCGUUUGAUACACAUAUUGUGGCCAAACGGGACAUACAUUAUCCGACUAAAAAUAAUGACCGAUAUUAUGAUACUAAUAGCCAUCACUAUAGCCAUUAUACGUACCGAUCGGCGGCCGCCAGUGAUGUCCAACACUUGAAAUCAUCCAUACAUUCAUUGCAUCUAAUUUUACAAUAA